UCUGCCACACAACUGAGUGGAGAGAGAAACCCAAACAAAACACCAGAGAGAGAAAGAGUUCUAGAGAGAGAAAAAGGGUAUACAGAUGUGAAAAGGUUUCUUACAAUCAGAGAGAGAGAGUCACAGAGAGAUAAAAAAGUUGAAGCAAAAGGGUCUUGUGUGCAGAGAAACAAUUGCAGAUUUUUUUUAAAAAAAAAUAUUUAUUGCUUCAUUUGCUGUUGUGUAAUGAGAUCGGCUUUCGAUUCUGGUUUUUCCGACUGUUUUUGGGUCAAAAAUGGUGGAGAUUUAGCUACUCCAGAGCUAGGGUUUUGUGGGAAUUGUGGGUUUCGUAAUGCUGUUUCUGGGUGUUGAGUAUUUUGGAUCUGGGAAAAGAUUACUGACAGGGUGGUGAUAGUGUGAUACAUAUUAUUCAUUUCGAUAUGUAUCUACUUGUCCAUCUUUGUAUGAUUUAGGUAUAUAUACACAUAUAUAAUUAGGUAGUGAUGGAGAGAGAGUUGGUUGUGAAAUCAUGUUUUUUGUGGUUGAUCAUGGUGGUUCAUCCACUGAGGUCCAUUUUUGCUAAUAUGGAAGGUGAUGCAUUGCAUGGCUUAAGAACCAACUUGGAAGAUCCCAACAAUGUGCUACAGAGUUGGGAUCCUACCCUUGUCAACCCCUGCACAUGGUUUCAUGUUACAUGUAACAAUGAUAAUAGUGUUAUAAGAGUUGAUCUUGGCAAUGCAGCUUUAUCUGGUCAGUUGGUUCCACAGCUUGGCCAGCUGAAAAAUUUACAGUACUUGGAACUCUACAGUAAUAAUAUAAGUGGACCAAUUCCUAGUGACCUUGGAAAUCUGACUGACUUGGUGAGCUUGGAUCUCUACUUGAACGGUUUUACUGGUCCCAUUCCAGACACUUUGGGCAAACUGUCGAAACUGCGCUUCCUCCGGCUCAACAACAACAGCUUGACUGGUCCCAUUCCUAUGUCAUUGACUAAUAUCUCAUCACUGCAAGUAUUGGAUCUAUCAAACAACCAUCUCGCAGGAACAGUUCCAGAUAAUGGUUCCUUUUCACUAUUUACACCCAUCAGUUUUGCUAAUAACCUGGACCUCUGUGGUCCGGUUACCGGACACCCUUGCCCAGGAUCUCCUCCAUUUUCUCCGCCACCUCCAUUUGUACCGCUGCCACCAAUUUCAACUCCAGGAGGGAAUGGUGCCACUGGAGCAAUUGCUGGAGGUGUUGCUGCUGGUGCUGCUCUGCUGUUUGCUGUGCCUGCAAUUGCAUUUGCAUGGUGGCGUCGGAGGAAACCACAAGAAUAUUUCUUUGAUGUGCCAGCUGAAGAGGAUCCAGAGGUUCAUCUGGGGCAGCUUAAAAGGUUUUCGCUGCGAGAAUUACAAGUUGCAACAGAUGGUUUUAGCAAUAAAAAUAUUUUGGGCAGAGGAGGAUUCGGUAAGGUAUACAAGGGACGGCUGGCAGAUGGCACAUUGGUGGCUGUAAAACGACUAAAGGAGGAGCGUACACCUGGCGGGGAGUUGCAAUUUCAAACAGAAGUUGAGAUGAUCAGCAUGGCUGUGCAUCGGAAUCUCCUUAGACUACGUGGUUUUUGUAUGACACCAACUGAGCGGCUUCUUGUUUAUCCCUAUAUGGCAAAUGGUAGUGUUGCAUCAUGUUUAAGAGAGCGCCCUCCCUCCGAACCACCUCUUGAUUGGCCGACAAGGAAGCGAAUUGCACUGGGAUCCGCAAGAGGACUAUCUUAUUUGCAUGAUCACUGUGACCCAAAGAUUAUUCACCGUGAUGUAAAAGCUGCAAAUAUUUUGUUGGAUGAGGAGUUUGAGGCUGUCGUCGGAGACUUCGGCUUGGCUAAACUUAUGGAUUACAAGGACACCCACGUCACUACUGCUGUACGUGGCACAAUUGGGCAUAUAGCACCUGAGUACCUCUCCACUGGAAAAUCAUCCGAGAAAACUGAUGUUUUUGGGUAUGGAAUAAUGCUUCUGGAGCUAAUAACAGGACAAAGAGCUUUUGAUCUUGCUCGUCUUGCAAAUGAUGAUGAUGUCAUGUUGCUUGAUUGGGUAAAAGGACUUCUGAAGGAGAAGAAGCUAGAAAUGCUUGUUGAUCCCGAUCUGCAGAACAAUUAUGUGGAGUCCGAAGUGGAACAGCUUAUACAGGUUGCGCUGCUCUGCACGCAGGGUUCCCCAAUGGAACGACCUAAGAUGUCAGAAGUGGUGAGAAUGCUAGAGGGUGACGGCUUGGCAGAGAAGUGGGAUGAGUGGCAAAAGGUAGAAGUUCUUCGCCAGGAGGUUGAACUCGCACCUCACCCACACUCUGACUGGAUUGUUGACUCGACAGAAAAUCUACAUGCAUUCGAGUUAUCUGGUCCAAGGUGACCCAUUCAUGGUUGAAGUAAAGAAAAAAAGUAUUUUUCUUUUUUUUUUUCUCUUGUUUUUGGCUGUCAAAGUUUUCUGUUUUUCUUUCCUUUUUUUUUUUCUUACUUUUUUUCUUUCUUUCUUCUUUUUAACAAAAUCCUCCUUUAAGCCUACUGUAACUCUGUAAGAGCCCUUUGUGAAUUAUAUUCAUUACACUUGUGCAUAUAAAUUUGUAUUGACAGAAUUUUUGUAAUCCACACUAAUAUUUGCAGUUUAAGGUGAUUUAACAA